UCCAUCGUCUUCCUUUGUGAAAUUUGUGAUUUUUAGAGCCACUGCUGGUGCCGGUGCUACUAGCAGUAUUAACAGGAGAAGGAGGUGAAAGUACUAAACUACUGCUAGUAGCAGUAUUAGGUAAUAUUAUUUAACUACUAAUUAAUUCAUUCAUAUAUUUAUAUAUAUUUCAAAAAAAACCAGCGAAAGAGGAAGAGGAAGAGGUAGAUGAGGACGAAAUCGAAGAUGAAGAACGAUAAUAUUCUACAGCUCUCUUUUUUGCUUUGCGUGUUGUCUGUGGCUUCAACUAUUGCUUUUAGAUCAGCGUCAGCAUCAGCAUCAUCUUCAUUUCCUCCUUCCAAUUUCCAAUUUCUCGGAAUCCCUCCCCAAGAUGAGAAAUACUACAAGUCGUCGGAGGUUAUCAAAUGCAAAGAUGGAUCCAAAAAGUUCAACAAAUCUCAGCUCAAUGAUGACUUCUGCGAUUGCCCCGAUGGUACCGAUGAGCCGGGUACAUCUGCAUGCCCAAAUGGAAAAUUCUACUGUCAAAAUGCAGGACAUGUUCCUCUUUCCUUAUUUUCUUCUAGAGUUAAUGAUGGUAUAUGCGACUGCUGUGAUGGGAGUGAUGAGUAUGAUGGUAAAGUGAAGUGUCCAAAUACAUGUUGGGAGGCUGGUAAAGUGUCUAGAGACAAGCUGAAGAGAAAGAUAGCUACAUAUCAAGAGGGGGUUGCUAUACGAAAGCAGGAAGUUAAACAAGCGAAAGAAGCUAUGGCCAAAGAUGAGGUAGAACUAUCGAAGUUGCAAAAGGAGGAGAAAAUACUUAAAGGGCUUGUUCAGCAGCUAAAAGAACGUAAAGAACAGAUAGAAAAGGCAGAGGAGAAGGAACGGUUACGGAAAGAAAAAGAGAAGGAGAAAAAGGAAGUUGAGGAGAAAAGAAAAUCUGAGGAGGAAACCAAGCAGGAGAAAAGUGAGGCUCUGGAGAUAGAAGAAAGUAAAGAUGAACCCACAGACAGCACAUACGAUGAUAAGAUAGGAAUUUUGCAGGAUUCUCCUUCAGAUCAGGAUGUGGUGGACGACCAUGAUAGGUUAGCUUCUGAAGAUGAAUCUGGUGAUAAUUCUGAAGAGAAAGGAAAUGCUGUUCAUGAUGUGGAAGAGGGCAAUGAUGAAUCUGAAAAUACUGACACAUUGUCAAGGGAAGAGUUGGGCCGUCUUGUUGCUUCUCGCUGGACAGGAGAAAAUGCUGGGAAGCAAACAGGGGAUGGUGAUGCUGAAGAUAAUAAUCUUGAAGACCAUGAAGAGACGGAAAAGGACACACAUGAUGAUGAAUAUGAAGGCUAUGCUUCAGAAACUGAUGACGAUCACCAAAGAUACGAUGAUGACAGUAUAGAGGAUGAUGUUGAUGAAGACUUUGGAGAGGAACAUCACGACGAUUCAAGUUCUUCAUACAAAUCUGAGACAGGGACAGAAUCGGACUCAGACAUGUUAACACCAAGUAACCCAUCUUGGUUGGAGAAGAUACAACAAACUGUGCGGAACAUUUUGCAUGCUGUUAAUUUGUUCCAGACUCCAGUGAACCAAUCAGAAGCUGCUCGUGUACGGAAGGAAUAUGAUGAUUCCAGCAACAAGCUGUCCAAAAUAGAGGCAAGAAUAUCAAGUUUAACACGAAAGCUAAAACAUGAUUUUGGACCAGAUAAGGAGUUCUACUCAUUCUAUGAUCAAUGUUUCGAAAGCAAGCAGAACAAGUAUGUUUACAAAGUGUGCCCAUAUAAACAAGCUUCCCAGAUGGAGGGACACAGUACAACUCGUUUGGGACAAUGGGAUAAAUUUGAGGACUCAUACAAAGUCAUGGUCUUUUCAAAUGGCGAUAGGUGCUGGAAUGGCCCUGAUAGAAGUCUGAAGGUUAAGCUUAGAUGUGGAUUGAAAAAUGAGGUUACCGAUGUAGAUGAACCAAGCCGCUGCGAAUAUGUAGCUCUGCUAUCUACACCGGCCGUUUGCUUAGAGGAAAAGCUUAAGGAACUACAACAUAAACUAGACUUGAUGAACAUGGAACAGCCACUUAGUCAUGAUGAACUUUAAACCAUCGGAUGGAUUUUGCCUGCAAAUGUUUGGUGAGUAUGGAUGAACUCAUCAACAUUCCAGCGGUUGGUCUAGUGAAGUUAUGACCAAGUUAUGGAAGACACCUAUUGGAACAAUCCUUAUUUGUAGGGGAAGAUUGAAGAGGCGUGGGUUGAAAGCCCUUAUUGCGGAAUAUGAUUUGUUUAUGUUAUAAAUUUUUUAGUUGAGCUUGUUAAUCCCUUAAAGAGUGUUAAUUUGACAGUCGGAAAAAGGGACAGAAGGGGUAAUUGGAUAUGGUUCGAAAGGAAUCUAAGACAAAGCGCUGAAUAUUUAAUCCUGUUUUGAUGAGUCAUUUAUCUAUGCUACUAUGUAAAAGCUUUUUAAUAUUAUGCUAAGCUUUCUAGUUAGAUCUA